AUGUCGGAGAAGCGUUGGAAUACAUCAUAUGAACCUGAUUCUCAAGGACGAAUAAAUACAGAGAGUGAUACUCGAAAGCAAGCGUUUCACACGGCAAAAUAUGUCAAUGAUAUACCCCUAUCUCAAGCACCUAGUCGUCAAUAUAUGGUGAAGGAUAAAAACACUAAUGAAAAUCUUCGUCAAUGGGAAUAUACAAAUACCAAGGGUCAAAAAAUUGACAUUCGAGAAGAUAGAUAA